AUGGAGAUGGGCUAUAUGAAAAUAAUCGAGCAUUUAGGCGGCAGUUUCAAGUGGUGUCCUGCUGGCUUGAGAAUCAAGACGGCGAUGAGGGUGAGGAGGCGCUAUGAAUCUCUUUCGGACGCACUCAUUUGGCAGCAAAAGAGAGCUCCGACAUUCGCGAAAGAUGGCUUGUGUGAGCGUCAGGGGAGUGGCGGAAAAAUGUGUGAUGCAGGUCCGUUGGCAUGGCUCUUCACAUGUGAAAAAGCUUGCGGCAAACCGGGCGUGUCAACGUGGACUAUCGUGAAACUCCGACGAGAUGGGAUAGUUGAUGGAUCUCUCAACGGGGGAGGAUAA